UCCAAAGUCUAUUGCCUCCCAAGAGAGCAUCGCUCCUUGACUUCCCCACUUUCAAAAAACUCCCAAUUAAGGAUGAGUACGGACUCUCUGCCUCGUGAAACGCUCGAACAGAAAUCGCUCGAAAUGCAAAAACAGCUGGAAGCACUUUUGGAUGAAAUUGAUCGCAACAAGCACGAGUCCGAAAGCAUCAGCCGUGAGAGCGAGUAUCUUUGUCAGUACAUUGGAAGUAUGAUGGCCUUCCAAAAUCGCUCUAUUGCCACCCAGAAAAAAAAGUAGCGCCUUACUGACGACGAUCCUCGACCAAUUUCUCUUCCUGCGUUUCACCUCCUUAGCCGUUCAUAAUCACCACCACCAUGUCGAUCCGUGCUUCGCUCGUUUUGCAGAUCACUGAUCCUCUUAUACUUUGAUCUGCGUAAGCGAGUCAAAACACGGAUCGGCAAAAACACAUUUUUGAUUUGCUCACACGACUUUAGCCGAAACGUAAACCGUGUAAAGCCCGUAGUCAGGAUGCAAACAGAAAUGGGAAGAGUUGGGGAGGCAGAGAGCAUCCCGUAAAAUCUCGCCGAAAUAGCAAAUAAAAUAUAGCUCUAACAUUUUUUAUCGCAUACAAACA